AUGAGAAGUCAUGGGCUCAUUCCAACUGAUAAUUUAUCUGUAACAUCAGAAAAUAAUGCUAAAAGACGAUAUGAUAAUCAAAAGGUUUCAGAGAUUCAAAGUGACAGGUACAAGAAAUAUAGGAAAGAUAAUAAAAUAGUAGAUGAUAUUCAACAUAUGAGUUCAAAAGAUUUUAUUCCUGAUAUCGGAUCAAAACCAAUAGAUGAAAAUAUCAAAAAGAAGCAACUUAAAAUAUCAGGUAAAAUCAAAUUAGUACAGUCUUUGGAAAAAGAUCAGUUACCUGAUUUAUAUCCCACGAAAUGUCUUCUAACUUUUAUUAAUGAUAGCCAUGGUCCGAGAUGUGAUUUCACAUACAAGAGCUAUCCGAUAAGAGGACUACAAACUGAUAUUCUGAAGGAAUGCAAAUAUAUCUGUUUUGAAGAUACUAAUUCAACUAUUGGAUUUGUGUUCAAUAAAGAUAAAAUUAUCACUAAAAAAACAGGGGAAGAAUUGAAAUUGGACAUUCUUAUUUGGCAUUGUAAAUUAGGGUAUGAACAACAAAUGUCAAAGUUAAGAAGUUUAUGUAGAACUUUACAUCAUGUUUCAAAAUAUAUUAGAAUUUAUACUAAUAAAAAUGAACUCAUCUCACAAAUUCCAAUGUUAAAUACAUCUAAAAAUACAAAUUUUUGGGAUAAAAACAUGAAAUCAUUAACCAAUAGCAUCAGGCCAUCAAGGUCAUUAUCAAAUUCCACAAAAUCUUUAUCAUUGGCGCAUAAAAUACAUAUCAUAACUAAUGAUUCAGAGGAAGUUUCACCUAUGCCAUCUCCGAAAAAGGCACAAAACUCUUCAAGUUUGGUUCUUAUCGAUACUGAUGAACCUAGAAGAACAAGAUCAUCUACACUAGGUAAAGUGUCAAAAGAAGUGGUGGAAGAUUUAGAUGAUGUCGUUCCAUUUAAACCAAGUCUAUACUAUCAAUUCAAUGAUGGGGUCAGCUAUACAAUUACAAAUCAAGAUUUUAAAUCAUUAUAUAAUAAUGAUUGGGUGAAUGAUACAAUCAUAGAUUUUUUCAUAAAAUAUAAUCUAGAAUUAAAUGUUGCCAAAAAUGAUAGAGAAGAUAUAUUCAUUAUGUCUUCAUUUUUUUAUACGAAAUUGAAGAGCAAUAAUACAAAUUUUUAUGAUAAUGUGAAAAAAUGGGUUGCAAAUUCUAAAUUAUUUUCAAAAAAGUUUGUUAUUAUUCCAAUCAAUAGUAAUUAUCAUUGGUAUGCAUGCAUCAUAACAAAUUUGAUAGAAUAUUAUGAAUUUGUGAAGUCAGACAAAGUAAAUCUUGACUCUAUCCCAAAUAUUAAGAUUUUAAUAUUUGACUCUUUAAGACAAUAUCAUAAUAAAGAUAUAAGCAUCAUCAAGGACUUUUUGAUAUCUUACGCAAUGGAUAAGUAUUCAAUUUCUAUUGAUAAAUCGCAGAUUAAAAUGAAAACUUGUCAGGUACCUCUUCAGCCGAACAUGAAUGAUUGUGGUGUCCAUGUUAUUCUAAAUAUAAAAAAAUUUUUAGAAGACCCAUCUGGAACAAUACAACUUUGGAACUCGUUAAAACCAAAAUGUAGAGCUUCUUCAUUAACCGUUAAUGAGUUUUUUGAAAAAAAUGGGAGAAACACUGCCCGAUUUAAUCUAAGAGCAAUAUUGUUAGAUCUUCAGAAGGCACAAGUAAAAAAUAUAGAUAUGUCGCUAAUGAAGCAUUAUGAGGAUGACGAUGACGAUCUACUUAUUAUAGAAAAUGUUUCUGAUAUUAAAGACGCUAAAGUGGAGUCUAAUAAUAAGACAAAUAGUGAUAAAGAAUCGGAUAAAGAGCCGGAUAUUGGCACUAAUAAAAAUAAUGAUGAUGAAAAGAAUAAAUCGGAUAAACAAGAAAACUCUUCUAGAAGAAUUGAAUCCUCUUUUAAUACCAAUAGUAGCAUGACAAGUGAAAAUAUGAAUAACAAUUUGACAACAACAAUAAGAGGGCAUCUUGAUGACAUUCCUAACGAAAAUAAGAGUACCGAUAUAAAUAAUGAGACAAAGGCAAAACUUCAGAAAAAGGAAGAUACUUCAAAAGCUGAAAACGAAUCAACUACUGUUGGUAAUGAUGAAGAUACUCAUGGAAAUUCCUCCGUCGAUAAUGAAAGUUCUCAUAAUAUGACUUCAAUAUCUUCCGAGUCAUCUUCAAAUAAUAUUGCAUAUGAUAAAUACGAAACAGUUGAAAGUCGUAGCUUAUCAAGUCCCACAGUACGUGAGGAUAAAAUAUCAGUUUCUAACAAUCAAGAAGCCGAUGACAAUCGUGAAGACUCGUUCUCUCAAGUAGAUACUUCACAAAUAAUAGAUUCAGAUGUAAAUUUACUUGGAACCUGA